UUUGUUUACGUUUCGCAGAAGUGGCAUUUUGAAAAAGACUGAUAAGAGUUUUGCAGGACACAUCACUCAAUUGUCGUCCCAAAUGAAGUGUUAUUUCCAGUUUCACGCGAGGGAAAAAAUUCUGAAAUUACAUCAUGACUCUAUUUAGUUACAUUCUCUUUUUUGUGCUCACUUGUUGCUGCAUUUUUGUGGGAGUGUUCGUGGGGUUGCUGUUGUUCGCUAAACUUUACUUCAAAAGACGGAAGCUCCUUGCCUCUGGAAAUCCAGGUGUUAGUGUGGGCUUUUUCCAUCCAUACUGCAAUGCUGGCGCAGGUGGAGAAAGAGUAUUGUGGUGUGCAGUGCUUGCUGUCAGAAACAAAUUUCCUGAUGCCAAAAUUGUCAUCUACACUGGUGAUAUUGACGCGUCUCCUCAAGAUAUCUUGAAAAGGACAGAGCAACGCUUCAAUAUGAAAGUGCCUGAAACUGUUGAAUUUGUGUAUCUUCAAAAUCGGAAAUGGGUUGAAAGCAAAAUGUAUCCAGUUUUUACCCUUUUGGGCCAAAGUCUUGGCUCUGUUAUUCUUGGUUUUGAAGCCAUUUACGCCUUCUUACCUGACAUCUACAUCGAUACAAUGGGAUAUGCCUUCACCAUGCCUUUAUUUUCCUAUCUUGGUGGAUGUAAAGUCGCAUCAUACACUCACUAUCCAGUUAUUACAUCAGACAUGCUGAAAAGAGUGUCAAGACGAGUGAAAUCAUACAACAAUGAGUCGUUCAUUGCCAGGAGCCCAUUUUUAAGUAACCUUAAAAUUAUUUAUUAUCGCAUUUUUUCUUGGAUUUAUUCUUUUGUUGGCAGAAGUGCAGAUGUAAUAAUGGUAAAUUCCUCGUGGACGGAGGGUCAUAUCAAUUCUCUUUGGUGUUGCCCCUUGAAAACAUUCAGAGUUUAUCCGCCAUGUGAUGUCGAGGAUCUCAAAUUGAUUCCUCUAAGUAGAGAUGCUAACAAAGAGAAACGUAUUGUUUCAAUAGGUCAAUUUAGACCUGAAAAAGAUCAUGUUUUGCAAAUUAAAACGAUGUUUGAACUGAGGCAAAUUUUACCCACUGAAGUUUGGUCGUCAGUGAAAUUAGUUCUGGUAGGAUCCACUCGUAACAAAGAUGAUGAGGCAUAUUUAAAAGACAUCAAAGAUUUGUGUCUACAUUGUUCUGUUGAAGAUAAUGUAGAAUUCAAAAUCAAUGUUUCUUACACACAAUUGAAGGCAGAAUAUGAGAAAGGGUUCAUAGGGCUUCACACAAUGUGGAAUGAGCAUUUUGGAAUAGGUAUUGUUGAAUGUAUGGCUGCCGGUUUGAUAAUGGUGGCUCACGAGUCUGGUGGUCCAAAAUUGGAUAUCAUAGAAACUUCUGAUACCUCCAGGAAUGGGUUUUUAGCGACUGAUGAAAGAGAAUAUGCCCAGUGCAUUAAGGCUAUCCUUUGUUCAGAUAAAUCUUACAUUGAUGAGCUCCAGAGAAGAGCGCGCUCGUCAACUGACAGGUUCUCCACACAGCGAUUUAAUGAGUCAUUUCUACAAGCGAUCGAAUUUCUAUUCCCAUCCAACAAAAAAUCAUAGAUGGAAUUUAGAAUAAAGAAACUAAUUCUUAGGAUGGAAUCCAUCUUGUGAAGAAAAAUCAAAAUCCUAAAAUCAGUUCAGCAUGAUGUACAUUUUUAAUCAUUGAAAGUAUUUACUUCUGCUUGAUCAGUGAUCACCCAUUUUCUAUAAAAAGUAUCAUGUCACUCAACAUAGAAAUAUGGCACAUUUCUCUUAAAAAGGUUCAAAUGAAAACAACAUUAAUUGCUUUGUUUCAAUUAAUUACAAGUAUCCUUUUGAGAAGAGCAGUUUUUAUUCAUUUAAUUCAUAUACAAGACAUGCAGUUCCUAGUCUUAGUUAAGUACAAUUAUUUUUAAAAGAAAUUUUUCAAACUAAAGAAAAAAUUUAAGUGUUAUUUAACCCUUAACCCAUAAUCACCUUCUUUUUUCCUUGAAGAGAAGGUAUUGCCUACUGUUUUAAUUUUAUUGCCUUCUCUGGAGAAAUAUCUUUGAUCAGAAGAUAUCAGCUUCAAAACAGGUGUUCCGAGUGAAAAAAAUUAGUUAAGAUUUGAAUUGUUUCAGAUUUUGAUUUUUUGAAAUCUACUGCAGUCCUGCAAUGUCUGAUAGGCAAAUGGCUUUCAUGUAAAGUCAUGCACCUAUCAGAAUUGUGUUGCCGCUAAAUUGUUGGUGUUAUUUUUUAUUGUUUCACAUGAUAACUAUCCAAGUACAAGAUCAUAAAUGGAAAUUUUUGGUGAAUAUUAAGUGAGAGAAAUUGAUUCAUGAUUAGUUUUUAUGACGAAAUUUGCGUAUCAAGUAGAAAUUUCACAAAGCUGCAGUGUUUGAUACCUAUACGUUUUCGUACAAUCAAUGUCUGUUUCAGUUUUAUUUUGUAGGAGUGGAAAAGGGAUAAUUUUGAUUAUUUACAAUCUUUUCCUCCGUCCUAUUUUAAUGCCAUUUUACAACAAAUGAAGAUCAUUUGACAUGUAAUCAAUAAGGCACCAAUACAAAUAAGAAAA